GGAGGUGUCUGUGUAACAAAAAAAAAAAAAAAAAGAAAAAAAAAAAAAGAAGGUAAAGUUAAAUACUAUAAGGUUAGGCUUUAGGUAAAGUAAAAAUACGAAGAGGAAGAUCUGAAGCAGCAGUUUGCCGGCGUUACCAUUGUCGGCGGUCAUCUCAGAGUUGUACAAAAUCAAACUGUUGGAAUCUCCAAAUAAAACUCAAAUUCGUCGAUUUCGUUUGAAGAAGUGCAUAAAAUCGUAGCAUAUAGCUUUCAACGACGAAGCGGCGGCACCGGAUUGAUCGGCUCGGCUGCAACGCUGUAGUUGAUGCCUCGACGUGCUUGAUCCUAGAAGGUGAGAGCUUUUGGAUUUUUGAGAGUAUGGAGGGAAGGAGAGUGGUCGUCUCAAUUCUGCAAUUCACUUGCACCGAUGAUGUCCCCUCUAACUAUCCAUGGAAGAAGAGUGAUGGAGUUGGCAGAAGAAGAAUUGGGUUCUGGAGCGAGGAUGGUAAUACCAUCUGUGGAAGUGGAGAGGAUACAGAAAAACUUGUUCAAAAGAUUGAUGAAAGGUGAUUGGAUAGAAGUGGUGAAUUUGUUCAAGAAACACCCAGAGGUUCACAAGGCCAAGAUCACUGCAUCAGGGGACACUGCAUUGCACAUAGCCGUCUCGAAUAGGCAAGAAGUUAUUGUUGAACAGCUGCUAGUGGAACUGAGUUCCAACGAGGCUCUCAAAGUGAAAAAUGAGAGAGGGAAUAUCCCUCUCUCGUUAUGCAGCGUCAUUGGGGCUUGUACGGACCUGCCAUUUCAUUGCAAGUAACGACUCUGCACUAAUCGGUGCUGACAACAAUGACACUGAGAUUCCUUUCUUCUUGGCCGCUCUCCAUGGCAAGAAAGGCGCUUUUCUUUGUCUCCAUUCUAUCUGUGUUAUCGAUCAAGGCUAUUUAUAUUGUAGAAGGAAUAUUGAUGGUGAAACCGUUCUUCACUCUGCAAUAAGUGGAGACUAUUUUGAUUUGGCAUUUGAAAUAAUUCAGAAAUACGAAAAGCUUGUGAACUAUGUGAAUGAACGAGGAUUUUCCCCUCCUUCUUCUUGCAAGCAAGCCUAGGUCCUUCAGGAGUACUGGGAGGAGUAAUCUUGGAAGUUUGAACUGGAUCAUUUAUGAUUGUACAUUUAUUGAUGAGCUCAUGGUGGAAACUAUCUAUGACCAACUUGAUCUAUUGAAGUCGUCUGAAGACGGAAAGAAUCCAACCUAUCCAGAAAACUACGAUACGUGCAUCAAAUUCUUUCGACUGCUGUUGAAUAUAUAUCAUGUACUCGGUUUGUAUUAGCGAACCUUUUUAUUAUUAUUAUUUAUAUUUCCCUUUUGCAGUCACAUAUUCUUGACAUAAUAUUGCUAUAUGUGUGCCAGGUAAUUAUAGGUCCUGAAAAUUGACACUUCUCCAUUUGUAUAUUUUCAGUGUUAAUUGGUAGUGCAGGGGUUAUCUUUAGGUUCAAGCAUUGUGUUUACUUACCAAAAAUAAGGCAUAGAAAAAAGAAAAAAAAUUCUGAUAAUUUUUUCUUAUGUGAGUGCUGAAACUGAGCAGUUUUAUUUAUUUAUUUAUUUUUUUCAGUUCUUGCUGGAAAAGGUAAACAAAAGAAAGAUGAGGAAACAGAUGCCAACGGAGAAAAAAAUUUGGAUUUACAAGAUGAGCUUUUUAAAAUUAGAACGGAACAUAGACAUUUCUUUUUCUUUUUUGGAAUGAUUAAUAGAAAUAGAAUAAUAACUUUUGUUUCCUUCAAUCUUCUUUAAUUUACUUUAUAUCGUUUUAUUCAUGAAGACAAAAUUUCUUUUAGAGGUAAAGAAAAAGUAAAAGAGAAAACUUACAAAGCUAAAGAAAGGCUUGAGCAGGGGCCUUGUUGCAGCAUCCAGCCAAAAACAUGAUGCAGUCUCUCCACUGUCCAAAAAAUUAUGUAACACUUUGUCCCAUCUAGUCCUUACAAUUGAUGACAUGGGUGAACAUGAGAACCAAUGCUUGGAUUAGAUCAAAUCACAAGUAAAGUAUCUAAUUGCCAUCAUCAUGUCAUAACAAGUGUGUGUAAUUAAACUAAAAAAACAAAUCUCAGUGUGAUAUAAGUUUUUUUUUUUUUUUUUUUUUUUUUUUUUUUUUUUUUCAAGAAGUAGAAUUUUACUUUGUAAAAUAGAAUGAUAGGUUAGCUUGAAUUUAGGUGUAACAGGCUGAAUCUUAAAUGACAAUCUAGUGUUUCACAGCUAGGCAAUUCCAUGUUCAUUCAAUUAUCAUUGUACAUUUUGUGCAAGCUUUUGUUCAUUUGCACAUAGUGUAAUUAAUUGUCCAUAAAGUUUGAUUUGGUGGAAUUCUUUACCAUGUAUUGCAAAUUAUAUUAAUUACAAGACUUUUGCCAUUUCUCAAUUCCCAUUUUCUUGGAAUAUAAGUGGUAAAUUAAUAUUCCUAUACAGCAUCUCUCCAAGUGCAAUAUAUAUAUAUAUAUAUAUUUAACCCCUAUCCCUAGCUAGUUCUAUAUAUUAACACUACUCAAUUUACUUUAUAUUGUUUUAUUCAUGAAGACAAUUUUUUUUCUUUUAGACUUUGGUAAAGAAAAAGUAAAAGAAAAAAAUUACAAAGCUAAAGAAAGGCUUGAGCAAGGGCCUUGUUGCAGCAUCCAGCAAAAGCAUGAUGCAGUCUCUCUACUGUGCAAAAAAAUAUGUACUUCACUUUGUCCCAUCUAGUCCUGACAGUUGAUGACAUGGGUGAACAUGAGAAUUAGGUGACCAAUGUUUGGAUUAGAUCAAAUCACAAGUAAAGUAUCUAAUCCCUGUCAUCACUUCACAACACUCUUGGUGGAGUACAGGACCUUCUCUGAUCUUACUCUUCAUGCUAAGCAAUUUAAUAGUAUAUUUUGUGCAAGCUUGUAUUCAUGUGUGUACUGUUAAUUGUCAAUAAAGGUUGAUUUCGGGGAUUCCUUUACCAUAUAUUGCAAACUAUAUAAUUAGAUGAUCACUUUUGCUCUGUCUCUAUUCCCAUCUCCUAGGAAUAUUUUGUUUGCUAUAAAUAUAUGUAUGAGGCAGGGAGAGAAGGAAGAAGUUAAGAGUGAUGGAAUUACCAGGAGAAGGAAUGGUUUCUGGGGCAAGGAUACCACCAUUACGAUCUUGGGAAGAUGAGGAGAAAAUAAAGAAAAGCUUGUUCAAUAGUGCCAUGAAAGGUGAUUGGGAAAAAGUGGUGAAUUUGUACACGGAGCAUCCAGAUGUUCACAAGGUCAAGAUCACUAGAUCAGGGGACACUGCAUUGCACAUAGCCGUCUCCAAUGGGGUAGAAGAUGUUGUUGAACAGCUAGUGAAGCUCAUGAGUUCCAAUGAGGAUCUGAAAGUGGAAAAUGAGAGAGGGAAUACCCCUCUCCAUUUUGCAGCAUCAUUGGGAAACGUAAGGUUGUGCGAGUACAUUGCAAGUAAAGACUCAGCACUAAUCGGUGCUCGCAAUCAUGACAGUGAGACUCCUAUCUUCUUGGCCGCUCUCCACGGUAGGAAAGAUGCUUUUCUUCGUCUCCAUUCUAAGAUCAGGAGCACCGAUGAUGCCUACUUGUAUUGUAGAAGGAAUGAUGGUGAAACUGUUCUUCACGUUGCAAUCAUUGGAGACUAUUUUGAUUUGGCGUUUCAGAUAAUUCAUAAAUACGAAAAGCUUGUGAACUACGUGAAUGAACAAGGAUUAACCCCUCUCCAUCUUAUUGCAAGCAAGCCUACUGCCUUCAGAAGUGGGAGUCAUCUUGUAAGGCUCAACUGGAUCAUUUAUCAUUGUAUAUUUGUUGAUGAGCUCACAGUGGAUACUACCCAUGACCAACCUGAUGAUACAUCGAAGCCUUCUGAAGACGGAAAGAAUCCAACCCAUCCAGAGAACUACGACACCUGCAUCAACUUCUUUCGACUAGUGUCCAAGAUAAAUCGUGUACUCGUUAGUGAUAGAAAAGGUUGGCAUUGCUUUUUCUUUCAAAAAAAGAAAGAAGAGAAUGACGAGGAAGCAGAUGUUAAAGGACAAGAUAAUUUGAACCAACAAGGACUCCAAUCAAGUAAUCAAACUCAUGAACAUCAAUUGUUUCCUAUAAAUUACGACACUUGCUUUGAUAGCAUCAAGUUCAUAUCAAAAGCAAUGCUGAUCAUUCUCGGAUUCGGUUUUAGAGAAAUAAGGAAGAUAGAGGAGAAAAAAGAGAAGCACACAUGGUCCGUCCAAAUCAUGAAUGAACUUCUUAGACGUGCCUCUACAUAUGAGUAUGAUGACAAUGGACAGACACCCCAAUACGAAGAAGGUGAUGCAACGAUGUUUUCUUUUGGCGGAGGCAAUAUUGACACAACCAGGCUACCGGAUCAGCCCACAACGCCGCAGGUGGCAAAUGACAAAAGUUCUUCAGAAGCUAGAGAAAGCCAAGAAGGGAAAAGUGAUGAGAAGAAUAGAGAUGCUGCAGGGGAAAACGAGAAUGUUAAGAAGAAGGAGACACCCAUAUUGGUUGCGGCAAAGAAUGGCAUAACGGAAAUGGUGGAGAAAAUACUUGAGCUCUUUCCUGUGGCCAUCCACGAUGUAAAUACUGAUAAGAAGAAUAUGGUUCUUCUGGCAGUGGAGAACAGACAACCACAUAUAUACCAGCUCUUACUCGAGCUGAAAAUUAUGAAAGACAGCGUAUUUCGGAAGGUGGACAUUGAAGGCAAUAGUGCAUUACAUCUUGCUGCAAAGCUAGGAGAUCAUCGCCCUUGGCGUAUUCCUGGUGCUGCAUUGCAAAUGCAGUGGGAGAUCAAGUGGUAUGAGUUCGUCAAAGAGUCCAUGCCAAUGCAUUUCUUUGUACGCCACAACCAGGCGUCAGAGACUGCGAGGGAAGUCUUCACAAAAUCACAUAGUAAGCUCCUCAAAGAAGGGGGCAAAUGGCUCACCAGCACCUCUAAGUCGUGUUCCGUUGUAGCAGCACUCAUUGCCACAGUGGCCUUUGCCACCUCAACCACUGUGCCAGGCGGUGUCAUGAAAGGCAAAGGAACACCAACACUGGAACGCGAGACUCCAUUUAGCAUUUUCGCCAUUUCCUCGCUAAUCGCACUCUGCUUCUCUGUCACCUCCAUGAUCAUGUUCCUUGCCAUUCUCACGUCUCGGUAUCAAGAAAGAGAUUUCGGUGUAGGGUUGCCGAGGAAGCUGUUGGUGGGUUUGACAUCACUCUUCAUAUCCAUAACUGCAAUGCUCAUAUCUUUCUGUGCUGGCCACUUCUUUGUCCUUAAAGACAAAUUGAAAUUUGCUGCAUUUCCAGUAUAUUUAGUCACCUGCCUGCCAGUCAUUUUUUUUGCUGCAGCCCAGUUUCCACUUUACUUUGAUCUUAUACGGGCUACCUCUAGAAAGGUACCACAACGUAGCUACAAGGCGGCUCCUCUUUAGUUUUGUUUUUCAUUUCUUUAAGGGUUUUUUUUUUUU